CGCUCGUAGUGCCACACGCCGCAGGAGGUGACCGCGCCCGAGUCUCCUGCGCCGCAGGGCCCCUCGCCGCCCAGCCGGCCCCGUGGUUGGGGUGGCAGCGCUGAUGAAUCCCGCGCAGGGCUGUGUGACCUUCGAGGACGUGUUCGUGUACUUCUCCCGGGAGGAAUGGGGGCUCCUUGAUGAAGCUCAGAGAAGCCUGUACCGUGACGUGAUGCUGGAGAACUUUGCACUUGUGUCUUCACUUGGAUACACACUGGGGAAAACCUUUUCGUGUCAGGAAUAUUGGAGAGCCUUUUGUUACAGCUCUUCUCUCGCUCAGCAUAUGAGGAGUCACUUGGAUGGGAUGCCCUGCCAGUAUAGUGAAUGUGGACCCACCACCAGAUUUUGUUCAUCCCUCAUCCAGCUUUGAAGUGUUCACUCUGGGGAAA